AUGGCUGUCCCAACGGACGAAAAGUCCAAGUCUAAUUCGAAUGGAAUUGUUAAAGGGCCCAGAGGAGCUAAUGGGGUGAAUGGAACUAAAAACAUCAACGGCCACAGCACAGCUCCCAGGCAGAGGGCUACCAAGCCGAAGAGGAGGAGCUUUUUUGCUUGGAGCUUCAAUAUCGUCGCAAGGUUACUAACAUGGUACUCUAUCUUUACUCUCCUUGUCCGCUGUCCUUCUACUAUCGAAGAGUGCACCGAUGCAACACCCAGGAUCUGCAAACCAUACUUUGAAGUCAAAUCAGCGGCGUUGCCACACGUCACUCCUUACUACGAUGCCUAUGCCGCCCCAUAUAUUGAUAUGGCAAAGCCAUACUACGAAAAGGUCGAUCGUAUUCUUAUCACACCUACUCAAGCCUAUGCUGUCAAGUAUGGUGGCCCACGAGUUGCACAGGCUCAAGCUUUUAGCAAGGCUAAAUGGGAGAAGAUUGUUCAACCCCAGCUAAAUACGUACCAAGCACUGGUCAAGGCUCAAUAUGAUCAAGCUGUUGCGCCUCACGUCGAGAGCGUCUCUAACGCUGUGUCACCCUACUACGAUAUUGCACGGACAAAUGCGCUGCAGACAUACCAUGAGUUCCUGUUCCCGGCCUACUUGGUCGUACAGCCAUACGCGGCUAGAGGGUACGAUGUUGCUUACUCGUUCACUGCCAAUACCGCCGUUCCCUCAGCCGUAUGGACUUGGCAUAAGACUGUCGCCUUUCUUGACUCCACCGUUUGGCCCCAUUUGCGUGAUGUGUAUGUCAUGAAAGUUGAGCCGCAGCUUGUGCGCAUUGGCGAACGAUUAGGUAGGUAUAAUGAGAAAAAGGCAAAAUCAGCUAAUGAAGAAGGGAAUUUCUCUGCCUCUAAGUCCACCUUUAUGAAGGCGACGACGUCCACCUCUUCAUCGGCUACAGCAGUUGCUAAAAGUCCUACCAAGUUUGAGUCUGAGCUUCCUAUGGGCGAAACAGAGCACUUUGGAGCUGAUGAAUCUACGGCGGAUAUCAAGGUUGAACAGACAAAGAAUCGUACACCACAGGAGGUGCGCGAGGCCGCUGCUAAGACUGUUGUUGAGGAUCUUGAACUUUGGGAAGGAAAGUUCACAAAGGCCGCUGAGGAGGGUGCAACGGAGAUUGAAGAGCGUGUUACUGAGAUUGCCAGCCGCAUGAUCCAAAGACAGGCCGAGGGAAUGGGCAAAGCUCUCCUAAAACAACUUGAAGAAUCUGCCACCGCCGAGCUUGAGGGGUUGAAAAAGUCUAUCGUGUCCAUCAUCAAGGAAUACGGUGACGACCCUACUAAGAGAGACGAAGAGCUGGCCACCGCUAUCCGGGCUGCUGGUCUAGUUAUCAGGGACAAAGCCCACGAUAUCCGCACUUGGCGACAGACAUAUGAACAGGAGGCCGAAAUCGCUGUUACCAAGGCUGCUCAAGAACAUUACACUAUUCUCCAGAAGACCCGUGAUCUCGCUCUACAGAAGAUUGGCAUGAAAUGGGCAUGGAUGGACGGUGUUACGUACAAUGAUUGGAAGAAAUAUCAUGAGUUGAAGGCACGCUUCGAUGAGUGGACGGUCGAGUUUAAACAGCUUAUCACUACGCACCCUGGACUUCUUGAGGCACAAAAAAUAGGUGCUGAGAUCGAAGAUGAGGGUAUGAGUAUUGCACAGGCCGCCGCCGAAGAAUUAGGACGAUUAAAGCAGGUCGCCACGUGGAAAGCGAUAGCGGGCGACUCCAGUGAAAGUUUCGACACUGAGAUGACUGAGUUGGCGGCAAUAAAUGUUGCUAGAAAGGCUCAGAGUGAAGCUCAAAGUAGUGCGUCGAUGACCUCCACCGUUCCUAGGGAGGCUGAGAGCAGCCUUGGGUCUGCCGAUGAAGGAGUCAGUGAACCAGUACUUUCUACUGAUUCCGAGACGGUUACGGUGUCACUUUCUCUUGCCAGCGCAGAGUCUAACCCGGUCGACAAUGCUAAUGACUACACAUCGGAAACUACCAACCUCGCCAACUCUGAUGAGACACUACAAUCCUCAGACCUCAUCGAUGGCCCGGAGCAGGUUCAGGAGACCAUUAUUGAAGAGCCUAGUGACCCGACUAUACCUGUCGAAGGUAUCCCAACAACCACAGUCAAGUCAGCCCUAUUUGGAGCUGCAGCUCAAUCUGUUCCUUCUCGGCAACCUAUUCUUGACGAGGACAUUGUCUCAUCUGCUUCCAGUGCUGCAUCCGUGGUACAGUCUGACGUCCCUGCUAGCAUCACCUCCGCUGCCCAGUCCGCGUACACCGCUGCCCUCGCCGGGGCUGCGGAUCACUACUCACGAGCUAUGUCUAUCGUUUCCGCUCAGAUCCAUGGAGAACCAAAGCCAAUCCAUGAAGAGAUGUUAAGUUCAGUGUCGAAUGCAUACUUUGGUGCUGUUGCGACCGCGAACUCGAGGCUGAAUGCUGCGAUGACAGCAGCAUCGGAAGGAAUAUACGGCACCCCUACCGCUAAGUGGGUUCCAGGUGUACCAACUGUGCCAUCGCUGGAUUGGGAACGGGUCCAAUCCAUUGCCCAACGAAACCUAGAUGACUCACUUGAAUGGGCAUCACAACAUUAUGAAUCCGCCAAGGUCGCAAUUGGUGCCUCUGAGCCGACUCCUAGUAGCUAUUUAGAAGGCGUGGAAAAGAGUGCCGAGAAGGUACUGGAUCAGGCCAAGCACAAUUACUAUGCUGGUGUAGGUAUCGCUCAUGCUCGAUAUUCUGAGUUUUUGUCUGCUGCAUCGACAGCUGUGAGCUCAUUGACCGCGGCGCCGACCCCAACCAAUGUACAGGAAUCAGCUUCAUCCGUCGCGUCUGUAGCUGGCGAAUCAGUUGCCUCGGCCGCUUCUGUCGCUAGCGAGGGAGCAGAAUCUAUUGCAGGUUCGGUCGGUGAUCUAGCUUCUCAUGCGAGCGAAUAUAUCGGGGAGAACUGGGACGCUCUUUUAAGUCGCGUCAGUUCGCAGGUUUACAGCGCCCCUACGCCUACACCGUGGUACGAGAAUAUUUAUACUGCUGCCACUGACUAUGCUGCAUCAGCCACAGACGCAGCAGGAAGUCAGGUCUCGUCCGCGACAGCUCUAGCUGGAGAUUAUGCUGGCGCAGCUAAUGAUGCCGCUGCAUCUCAAUUCUCGAUCGUGAGCUCUCUAGUUUCCGAACUCGUCGCGGGUAAAGAACCACCUUUCACCGAGUCCGUAUACUCGCGUCUUGUCGGUGCAUAUUCAACUGGCCUCUCUUCAGCAUCCAGUUUUGCCAGUGCCGCAUCCGCUACGGCGGUCAGCGCUGCCGGCGAGGCCGGUAAUACGGCUAGCUCUGUUGUCGAUGCCGCCACUGAGAAGGCAAAACAUCUCAAAGACGAGCUAUAG